AUAUCGUUGGCAACGAUUACAACCCUUUACUUUCUCUUCACAGAUACGACGACAGAAGGGCUGUAGAGGAUUUUAUGGAGCUGUAUAGAAACGGAAUGUUGCACAAAAACGAAGUUUUCUCCAUUUUUGACGAAAGGACACUGGAGGAGACUGUUGCUCUCUUUGACUUCUUAUACUCUGCCAAGGACUUUGAAACCUUCUUUAAAUCCGCUUCCUGGGCCCGAGUCCACCUGAACGAGUACCAGUUCAUCUAUACUUACUACAUUGCCGUCAUCAGCCACCCUAACACCCAAAACAUGGCCAUCCCUGCUCCUUACGAGAUAUAUCCCGAAUUAUUCACCAACUCCGAGACUAUGUUUAAGGCUUUCCGUGUGAAGAUGCAGGGUGGUCUCCUAGAUGAGAAGCUGGCUUCCUACCACGGUAUAGUCAAGGAGAACAACAAUUACAUCUUCUAUGCCAACUACUCCAGUUACUGGACUUAUGGACCCGAGGAGCAGAAACUGGCUUACUUUACUGAAGAUAUCGGGUUAAACUCCCACUACUACUUCUUCCACUGCUUCAUUCCCUUCUGGAAGAACACUAAAGUCAACAAUUUCAAAGAGCGUCUUGGUGAGUUCUGGUUGUUUCACUACCAGCAAUUGUUGGCUCGUUAUUACCUGGAGCGUCUUUCCAAUGGUUUGGGUGAAAUUUCCGACUUCUCCUGGGAGAAACCGAUUAAAACUAAAUAUACUCCUUUCAUGUCUACCCUACACUAUCCAUUCAUCCAGAGGAGUGGUGAAUAUUAUAUUCCGGUGGAGAAGUACAACGAAGAGAUUCAGUUACUGGACACUUACGAAAAGACCUUCCUUGAGUAUCUGGAGCUCGAAAAGUUUAAAUCUCCUGACGGGGUAAUCGACUUCCGUCAAACCGAAUCCACUAACUUUGUCGGCUACUACUGGCAGAGCAACCCCAAUUUGUAUUCGCAAACUGAACCCAGAAAAUUCUUGAAGUCCUACGAAAAUAUUGCCCGUCAUCUCUUGUCUGCGGUUCCCGAGUCCUUUGAGAAACGCACUGACCUCCCUUCAGCUCUCAACUUCUACCAGACUUCUCUCCGUGACCCCAUAUUCUACCAGCUGUACGGCAAGAUCCUCAAAUACUCCAUGUUAAGCAAGAAAUACCUAUAUCGCUAUACCAAGAGAAUUCUUGGCUUUGAUGACGUCAAGAUCAACGACGUCCAAGUUGACAAGCUUGUUACAUUUUUCGACUUUUUCGAGUAUGAAAUUACUAACAGAGUCUUUAGGAGCUACAAUGAAAUAAAAAAUGGCUCUGAAAGGUACUUGGUCCGCCAACCGCGUCUGAACCACAAGCCUUUCACUGUCACCAUUGACGUCACCUCUAAGUAUGCGGGCAAGGCCGUGGUCAAGAUCUUUUUGGGUCCCAAAUAUGAUAGCAAGGGCUUUCCUAUCACCCUGCAGGACAACUGGAUGAACUUCGUCGAGCUUGAAUGGUUCAGCCACAACCUUACCGUAGGCCAGAACAAGAUUGAACGUAACUCUAAGGAUUUCUCCAACUACAAGGGCGACCCUUUGCCUACAUCUGAGAUCUACAAGUACCUUCGUCAACGCAAGCUCCCCGUGGAAAUGUCUGAAGAUUUUGACUGUAUCCCCGAUAGGAUGAUGCUGCCUAAGGGUACUGAGGGUGGUUUCCCUUACCAGCUCGUUGUAUACGUGUACCGGUACAGGUAUGAUUCCAAGGCUAAAGGGAUUCUGGUUGACGGUAAACCUUUCGGCUAUCCGUUCGACCGUCCUGUCUGGGAUGAGACUCGUUUUAGUGUGCCUAACAUGUUCUCUAAGGAUGUGUUCAUCUACUUCGAAGGUAACCGCUUCCCUUACCAAAUGAACGUCCUCGAGCACUAAGAGGAGAGUGUCAAAUUAAAACGUGAUUUAAA